AUGGCAGGUGGGGUUGUGAGGGGGGUGGUUCUCUGCUUCACUUCUAUCCUACCGGAACAACGUUCCGAAUUGGUUGAAAUUGCGAGCCAGAUGGGAGCGACUCACAAAUUCGACCUGACCUCGGACGUGACACAUUUAUUAGUGGGAGAGACGAAUACAGAAAAGUACAAAUAUGUGGCAAGAGAGAGAACCGACGUUACUGUCUUGCUGCCGCAAUGGAUUGAGGCUGUCCGACAGUCAUGGAUGCAGGGCGGAGAUACAGACCUAAAGGCUUUGGAGGAGCAGUACAAGCUUCCAACUUUCUAUGGCCUUUCGAUCUGUAUCACUGGCUUUGAGGACAUGGCUUUUAGGAAAUACCUUCAGGAAACGGCAAUUGCGAACGGCGCUGAAUUCAAUAAGGAUCUGACUAGAAACGUGACCCAUCUAAUCGCCCGCGAGCCAAAGGGCCAGAAAUAUAAAUUUGCGACACAAUGGAAGAUCAAGAUUGUGAGCCUGAAAUGGUUUGAAGACAGCUUGGAGCGCGGUAUGAUUCUUGACGAAAGCCUUUACGAUCCUCUAUUGCCCCCCGAACAACAAGGUGUUGGCGCAUGGAAUCGUUCAGCACCUUCAGUGUCUGCAAAAAGAGAGCAGCCAGAAAACGCCUCGAAUCCACGAGCUCGCAAACUGCGCAGGGUCGCAAGCAGCAAGCUGGGUGAUCGAAAUGAAGGAAUAUGGGGCGAUAUCGUGGGGGGUGGAUUUGAAGUUGCAGAGAAUGGGAAUUCUGACACGACACAUCCGAGAACCGGCAAUCCUCCGUCUGGCAGGGCCAGACCAGUUAUCCAAGUGGUGAAAUCAUUUGCCAGUGAGACGACAGUGUCUGACCAGCGGGACCGUGGUCCUUCUGUUCCUGAGGAGAAGCCUCUUGACCAGCCUCAAGGGUUUUUGCAGAAUUGUUAUUUCUUUAUCCAUGGGUUCACCCCAAAGCAGGUGGAUGUAUUACGCCAUCACCUUACAUUCAACGGGGCACAUAUUGUCGAGUCUCUUAGUGAAUUCGCAAGCCCUGACAUCCCAAAGACGGGCCAUGGCCUUUAUAUUAUUGUUCCUUACAAGCUCCCCCGAUCCGAAAUUCCAUCAACGGAUGACAUGGCCUUCGAGUGUGAAGUAGUCACAGACAUGUGGCUGGAACGCUGUCUGGACUCAAAGACGCUCGUCCCCCCAGAGUCUCACGUCACUAGCACACCGUUCCCUCGAUUCCCCAUUCCAGGUCCAGAAUUUGGUGGCAUGAAAAUCUGUUCCACCGGGUUCGCGCGCAUUGAUUUAUUGCAUUUGUCGAAGUUGGUGAAUAUAAUGGGUGCUACAUACGAAGAAUACCUCACACCAAGUGCUUCUGUCUUAAUAUGCAACGAUCCUCAGACUGCAAAUCCAGAGAAGUUGCGUCAUACUUUGGAAUGGGGUGUUCCUACAGUCUCUGCGGAUUGGCUAUGGAUCUCCGUACAGACAGGCCAAAGAAAACCUUUCGACCCGUAUCUCAUUCAAAAACCAUCCUCGCAAAGCAGCAAGGCGGAACAGAAAAGCUCGAAUCGGUCAGACAGUCGAAGCAAGCAGCCAGUGGAGUCGAGAUCUAAAGAAGAGUCUCGCAAAGCCCCGAAGCAAGGAGCGGUUUCCAAACCCGAAUCGGCUUCAUCUUCUACGAAGAGUGAUGUCUCCAAUCCGCCACCUGUCAAUGGACAUAACGAUGCACCUAAGGAUAAAUCGACAAAUGCAUCAGUAGGUGGUCUCGAUGCGUCGAAGUCACGUUCUCCUAGCAAAGGGUUAGAUAGUGAAAAAGUUACCACUGAGCCUGCGAGGCGGGAAGAAACGGGUCAAGCAGCAUCGUCUAGGAAUACAACUAAAGCACUGGAGAACGCUGUCAACGGGCUCCUCCAACAAGUGCGGGCUUUCUCUCGCGCAUCCAGCAAUUCUGGAGGUGAGGGUGGCGAGCAACAACCCGUGAGAAGGCGAAGACCGGUUCUCGGAAGGACAAAUUCUCUUUCCUCGACGCGCACGGGGCCUACAAAGGGAAUAUCCCGCGCCAGCUCGGUCGAUACACUCAACGAAGACGGAUACGGCAGCGCUGUCAGCGCGGAUACGGACACCAACAAUCAGAACUCAUCUAAGAAUCUUACCAAUAUGCGAGGACAAAGUUUCAACUCCGUCCUGAGCGGAGGUAAGGUCAACGUCUACGUCGAUUCCCCGCUCUACGAAGAUGAGGAGCAGGAGGGAGACGGUACUCCAGCCAUGACACAGCUCAACUACGAAGACCCCGACGCGGUCGCGAUGCGAGAAGAGUUCAUGAAGCGUGGGGGGAAGAGCGACAACAGCGACAGCAACAACAACGACAACAACAAGGAUCCAGCCAAACAAGACACGGCAGGAGACGAGGUCCGAGAGCUGGAAGAUAUUGAAGGAGGAUGGGGAAGUGCAAAGCGGACAAGACGGGCAGGCAAACCCAAGGAACCCGACAACAAUAUCUUCUAA